AUGUACACGAACAGCAAUACAAGCCCUUACCAUCCUAGACACUCGAGAAACAACCCUAACGGUACGCUCCUCCCGCCCAGCCAAAUCCGAGUAAACCAAGUCUCAACCCAACUUCCAGCGACCCAGCAAAGCAAUACCAAAAUGCGCCUUUCCAUCUCCACCGUUGCCAUCUUCCUGGCCUCGCUCUUCCUCAACCAGGCCGUUGCCGCCCCUCACAAAGAAUGCACACCGGGAAAGAUCUGGGCCGAUGAUACGGACUGCCAUGCCUUCUAUCAGUGCGAGGAGCCCGGAAAGAAAGUUCGCCAAUACUGUGGCAUGGGCACAGCGUUUAACCGCAAGACGCAAACCUGCGAUACCCAGGGCAAUGUCUGCCAUUGA